AUGCUGACCGCCGCAGCGACUGUCAACGAUCUACACAAUGUCGCUGGCACCGGCCCACUAUCUGAAGAUUCAACCGCAGUGCAGUCGCCUCGUGAUUCAGGUGAGAGCCGUGCUCAACCGCGAGAUGGCACGUGGGGUGAACGGGAUGUCGGUGGCCCCGUCAGUCGAGAAGACGCCAUGGCAGAUUAUGAGCAGAUGAGAAGAGAACUUACGCGAUUGAGCUUGCAACGGACGAGAACGCGAGAUUCGGCGGCGACAAAACCUAAGAGUAGGCUUGGCAGAACGCGCACCGUGCCUUCGGUCGGCAGGACAGUAACUAGAUCUUCCAGGGCCGGUAGUUUUGCAAGUACCUCAAGUGCAGACGAUACCGCAUCGUUAUCGGGCGGAGACGAUGACCUUGACCUCGGUGCCUUCCUCAAAGACGGUCAUUUUGAAAAGAGAACAGAGACAGGCGAAUCGGCCAAGAAGGUGGGCGUUGUGUACGAACAUCUAACAGUGAAAGGCGUCGGCGCUCAAGCGACAUUUACGAAGACGCUGCCUGAAGCGAUCCUGGGAACCUUCGGUCCAGACCUCUACCGACUGGUGACAAAAUUUGUCCCAGCCUUGAGAGUGGGCAAGCAUCCUCCAACACGAGACUUGAUCCACGAUUUCACCGGUGUUGUUCGCGAUGGGGAGAUGAUGCUGGUUUUAGGUCGACCGGGAUCGGGAUGCACAACGUUCCUCAAAGCGAUUGCAAACCAACGCGAUAGCUUUGCCGGAGUCGAAGGUAAGGUGAGCUAUGGAGGUAUAUCGGCCGAGGACCAGAGAAAGCAUUAUCGAGGAGAAGUCAACUACAACCCCGAGGAUGAUCUGCAUAUGCCUACCCUGACUGUCGGCCAGACUCUGCGGUUCGCAUUGAUGAACAAGACAAAAAUGCACGAGGCUGGCACCAUUCCUGUCAUCAUUGAUGCAUUGCUGAGAAUGUUUGGCAUUUCUCAUACUUAUGGUACACUUGUCGGAGAUGGGUACAUCCGUGGUGUUUCCGGUGGAGAGCGGAAGCGGGUGGGUAUCGCUGAGACUCUGGCCACCAAGAGUUCGGUCGUCUGCUGGGACAACAGCACCCGAGGUCUUGACGCGUCUACAGCUUUGGACUAUGCCAAAUCUCUUCGAGUCAUGACAGACAUCUCCAACCGGACCACGUUUGUUACGCUGUACCAAGCUGGUGAAGGCAUCUACGAGCUCAUGGACAAGGUCUUGGUCAUCGAGGAAGGCCGUACCAUCUACCAAGGUCCUGCGAGACUAGCACGGCAAUAUUUCAUUGACCUCGGUUUUCAAGCUCCCGAUCGCCAGACUACGGCCGAUUUCUUGACGUCCGUAGGAGAUCCGAAUGAGCGACAGUUUCAGCCCGGGAAAGAAGCCUCUACACCCAGGACGGCCGAAGAGCUUGAAGCCGCAUUCCGCAAAUCCGCAAUCCACCAGCAGACCAUUGCGGACGUGGAGGAGUACGAGGCCCAGCUACACCAGACAGACUGUGCAAACACCAAACGAUUCCAGCAAGCCGUAGAGCAAUCCAAGAGCAACAGCAAGCUGGUGUCUUCAGACUCAAGCUACACUGUCUCUUUCUGGCGCCAGGUAUUGGCCUGCACUCUCCGUGAGUUCUGGCUCUUUUGGGGUGACAAGACUUCGCUCUACACAAAGGCUUUUAUCAUUAUUGCCAAUGCCCUGAUCAUCGGCUCCCUAUUCUACGGCGAGAGUCUUGACACGUCUGGCGCAUUCCCUCGUGGCGGUGCGCUGUUCUUUUCGGUUUUGUUCCUAGGUUGGCUACAAUUGACUGAAUUGAUGAGAGCUGUCAGCGGGCGUGUUGUCGUUGCUCGACAUCGAGAUUAUGCCUUUUACCGACCCAGCGCGGUUGUCAUCGCCAGAGUUCUCCUUGACUUGCCCGUGAUCGCAGUCCAAGCGGUGGUGUUUACCAUCAUUUUAUAUUUCAUGGCAAAUUUGGACGUCGAAGCGGGCAAGUUCUUCAUCAACUUGCUCUUCGUCUACGUCAGUACGAUCUGUAUUACGGCCUUGUACCGGAUGUUUGCCUCGCUCAGUCCCACCAUUGAUGACGCCGUCCGCUUCUCGGGUACGGCGCUCAAUCUGCUGCUUAUCUUUGUCGGCUACACCAUCCCGAUGCGAACGUUGACAUCCGAUGUUAUCUGGUUCGGCUGGUUGUACUACGUCAAUCCGGUGGCGUAUGCAUACGAAGCUGUGCUUACAAAUGAAUUCUCGGAUCGAACGAUGCAGUGUUCACCGUCCAACUUGGUACCUCAGGGACCGAAUGUGGAUCCCGCGUACCAGGGUUGUUCGUUGACUGGAGCGACUGUUGGAAGCAACACUGUGAAUGGUGCUGCCUAUGCUAAGGAGUCGUUUGGCUAUUCGCGCUCGCAUCUUUGGCGCAAUCUCGGUGUUCUGAUCGCCUUUACGGUCUUGUACAUCCUCGUGACGGCCUGGGCAUCGGAGACCUUCUCAUUUGCCGAAGGAGGCGGAGGUGCAUUGAUCUUCAAGAAGACGCGCAAAGCCAAGAAGAUGGUAACUCAAGACACGAAACCGACAGAUGAAGAAAAGGGGGCUGUUCCUCACGAUCCGUCGUCCAGUGGCUCUUCCGAAACGAUCCAGGACGACAAGGAGCCAGGGGUCAACAACAUCGCUCAGAGCAAGAGUGUCUUUACUUGGGAGAAUGUCGAAUGUGAAGUUCCGUACCAAGGUGGAAAGAAGAAGCUGCUUAACAAAGUCAAUGGCUAUGUCAAGCCAGGAUUGAUGAUUGCCUUGAUGGGUGCCAGUGGUGCCGGAAAGACGACUCUGCUUAAUACACUGUCCCAGCGACAGCGCACCGGAACCGUCUCUGGUGACAUGCUUGUUGACGGUCGACCGCUCGGCAUUGAAUUUCAACGAGCAACUGGAUUCUGUGAGCAAAUGGAUCUCCACGACGAGACCGCCACCAUCCGGGAGGCCCUUGAGUUUUCGGCCAUCUUGAGACAAGACCGCAACAUUCCAAAACAAGAGAAGAUUGACUACGUCGAUAAGAUCAUCGACCUGCUGGAGUUGAACGACAUUCAAGAUGCCAUCAUUGCCUCGCUGGGCGUGGAACAACGCAAACGGUUGACCAUCGGCGUCGAGUUGGCGGCCAAACCGGAGCUUCUUUUGUUCUUGGACGAACCUACCAGUGGUCUGGAUUCCCAGUCAGCGUAUUCGAUUGUCCGGUUUCUCAAGAAGUUGUCGCGGGCUGGUCAGGCCAUCAUUUGCACCAUUCAUCAACCUUCAUCCAUGUUGAUCCAGCAGUUUGACAUGGUUCUUGCGCUCAACCCAGGCGGAAACCCAUUCUACUUUGGACCCAUCGGCGAGAACGGGUCGGCGGUGGUUGAGUAUUUUGCCAAGCGGGGUACCCAGUGCCCUCCCAACAAGAACGUUGCCGAAUUUAUCCUCGAGACGGCGGCGAAAGGCGGUCAGCGACGUGCAGAUGGCAAGCGAGUCGAUUGGAACAAGGAGUGGCUUGAGUCCGAAGAGAAUGCUCAAAUGCUCAAAGAGAUCCAACGGAUCAAAGAGGAGAGAUUGAGAGAGCCUGUCAAGGAAACGCACACUCAGCGAGCCUUCGCCGCGCCUGUCACCGUCCAAACCCUCGAGCUUACGAAGCGGACGUUCCGCAACUAUUGGCGUGACCCUUCGUAUUUGUACGCGAAACUCUUUGUCAGUGUCAUCAUUGGCAUCUUCAACGGCUUUACGUUUUGGAAGCUCGAGAACUCGGUGGCCUCGCUCCAGUCGCGUCUCUUUUCGCCGUUCCUGGUCCUGCUCAUCCCGCCUACCAUCGUCAACGGUGUUGUUCCCAAGUUCUACCAGAGCCGGUCGCUGUGGGAGGCCCGCGAGUACCCGUCCCGAAUCUAUGGAUGGGUCGCCUUUUGUACGGCUCAGGUGGUCGCCGAGAUCCCUAUGGCCAUCGUCUCGUCCGUCGUGUACUGGCUGCUCUGGUACUACCCGACCAACCUCCCCCGUGACAGCAGCGCGGCGGGUUACGUCUUCUUGAUGACGAUGCUGUUUUACUUGUUCAUGUCGAGUUGGGGCCAGUGGAUCUGUGCGUUUGCGCCGAGCUUCACCGUCAUCUCCAACGUCCUCCCCUUCUUCUUUGUGGUCGUGGGCAUCUUCAACGGCGUCGUCCGACCGUACGCGCAGCUGCCCGUGUUUUGGAAGUACUGGACCUACUACCUCGUCCCGUCGACGUACUGGAUCGGCGGCGUCCUGUCGGCCACCAUGAGGAACCUACCCAUCCGAUGUCGCGAGGGGGAGAGUACCCUGUUCAACGCGCCUCCCGGCGAGACGUGCCAGAGUUACGCGGGCGCUUUUGUGCGGAGCGUGGGCAGGGGUUACGUCGAGGCCACGGCAAACGGAACGUGCGCAUACUGUCCAUACGCCAGUGGCGAAGAGUACUUGUCCACCAUCAACGUGAGACUGGACCAGAAGUGGAGAGACUUUGGGAUCUUCUUGGUCUUUGUCUUCACGAACUGGAUGCUCGUUUACUUUUUCAUUUACACGAUCAGAGUGAGGAAGUGGAGCUUUGGAAUGGGGUAUUUGUUCGGCGGGUUAGAAAAGGUUGGUGGGUUGAUUAUCACCCGGAGAGGGAGGAAGUAG